AUGGGACAGCAUCAUGAAGUGGUCAAGAGUUCAGACCCCAGGGACCUAUUGCCGGAUGGCAUAUUCUAUGUCCACUAUUCACUGAUGGAUCCAUGUCUGAAGCUGAAUCAACCUUCUCAGACAUCGCCCAGAGGAGAAGAGUGUCAAGAUAAGCUAGCAGCUGAAGAAGGAACCAGCAGCGAUGAAGAGGAAAGGAUUGAAGUGGCCCUCCAGGAGGGAAGUGACCAGCAACCUCCACUGGGAUCUUUGCUGAAGGAGAAGGUAUCUGAAAUUCGGCGUCUGCAGGAGGACUGGCAAAGCCAGAAGGCCAAACUGCAAGCCCAGGUCUCGCAGAUGCAGCAGGCACUGGAGCGGUGUGCUGGCGACUACCGGGAGGACCUACAGGCGCUCAAGCAGCUCUCCGACCGUGAGAGGGAGAAGCUACAGCGGGAGCUCCAGGAGAUCACCCAAAAGAACCAGGCCAUGAAAGCUCAGCUUGAGGCCUCCCACCAGCGGGCCCUGCGCGUGCUGGAGAAGGCCAAGCAUCAGGAGCUCAAGGCCACAGAGGAGCGCUUGAAAAAGGAAUCCAGCCACAGCCUCCAGAUCCAACACCAGGCGCACCGGCUGGAGCUGCAGGCCUUAGAGGAAAAGGCCAAGCAGGAGCUGCAGGAAGAGCGGGAGAGAAUGCAGGCUCAGCAGGCUCUGCUGCUAGAGUCCCUCAGGCAGGAGCUGUUGGAGCAGCAGGCUGCCUGCUCCGGGCACCAGAAGGACCUGGAGGCGCUGCAGGCCGAGCUGAGGGCUCUGGGCAGCUUGGGCAGACGGCAGGCCAUCGGCCAGUGUCCAGAGGACAGCGAGGACCACGCCAUCGCCUCAGAGGUCAGCGACCCCUUCCCUAUACGGACCACACCCCUCCUGGAGCGGCAUCAGCGCCGCAGGGAGAAGCCCCAUCAAGAGUUGCUGGAGGAGAACCAGCAAGCCCAGCGAGCCAGGGAGGUGGAGACGCUUCGCCAGGAGCACCGGAAAGAGAUGCAGGCCAUGGUGGCGGAUUUCAGCAGUGCUCAGGCCCAGCUCCAGGCCCGGCUGGCUGCCCUGGAGGCCGAGCUGAAAGACUCCGGAGAGAAGCCCGGGAAGGGAGCGUCCAGGCCCGAGGACCUCCAGCUCAUAGGCCGUCUGCAGACCCGCUUGAAGGAGCGAGAGGAGAUCAUCAAGCAGCUCACGGAAGAGAGACGAUUUCACUACGCAGCGUUCCCCAGCGCAAUGUCCCAUCGGAAUCGAUCUUUUUCUUUCAAUCCUCACCCGGGGUAUUUGACCCCUUCCAUGAAGAAAAAGAAGAUAGAGGAAGUCCCCAGCCGAGUGGUCAGCGUGCCAAACCUCGCCUCCUACGCAAAGAACUUUCUGAGUGGCGAUCUGGGCUCCAGGAUCAACGCCCCUCCAAUAACCAAGUCACCCAGCUUGGACCCAAGCCCCAACUCUGGCCGGCCUUACAAACCCACCCAGUCUCCAGAUGCAAAAGCUGCCACAAGGACACCAGAUGGUGAAACAGCCCAACCCAAAGAAGCUCAGCAAAAACAGGGCUCUCCACACCAGGAGUGGUUCACCAAAUACUUUUCUUUCUAAGUUCAUCUUUGGGGUACAUCACAAAGAAGAUACUUGAAAAAAUGUUUCUUUUAAAUCACUUGAUUGAGGGAAUGAACUAAACCAAAUAAUUUGCUUGAAAUGUGAUUUAUAUAUGAUAGCUAAAACAAAUUCUGGCAUUAACGUUUCAUUGUUACAACAGUUCAUUAAAAAUACCU